CGUAUUUCCCGCCGGGCUCAAUUCGAACAUAAUAUUCAUCCAACAUCCUUUCCAUUUUUCAUAAAUGUGAUGAAAUAUCUAUUAUCUCGAAACACCAAUCUCCUAAUGCAACCACGCAAAAUACGACGUGCCAUACUUCGAGCUCUCUGUGAUAAAUCGUCCCUCAUCCACGCUCAUACCUAAUCACGUGGUGUACACGAGCAGUAAAUUUUUUGCUAGUAAAAAGAAAGCGAACUUUUAAUGCAGAAAAUUGAAGAAUAAAUCAAAAGAAUUGUCUGAAACGAAAGAAAGCAAGACGAGUAAUCAGAACGUUACAUGAUAUUGGGACAUUUCCAAGAAGGACCAAAUAAAGAAGACUUGUGACGAGAACGUCGGAAAAAUGUCGACUUGCACGGACGAAGCUGACAACGCUGCAAUGCACAUGCAGGAGGCUCUCUCACCGGUGCAGGAGGAUCCGAUCUCACCCGCGUCUUCGUCACUGAGCAAUCAGAAUCAAAACGACAACGAGCAAGUGUUGCUGGCAACAAUGCAGCCGGUAAACGUGCUUGACCUUCACGAACCCGGGGCGGCACCGAGUCUCCAUCACAAGUACCACCACCACCAUCACCAUCGUCAUCAUCAUCAUCAUCACCAUCAUCACAAUAAUCAUCAAAACAGUCAUCACCAUCAUCAGCAGCAACAGCACAUCCAACAAUCUGAUCAGGAUGAACAGAGAGUUCAGGAGGAACAAAACGGUCGAGUCUCACCGGAAUCGGCGAACGGGAACCCCAACCUGGCCGUCGCAGGACACAAGAUGAUUGAUCUCAUAUACAACGAUGGCCAAAAGACCGUCAUGUAUACCCACGACAAGGAAAUCAUUUACGAGAGCGAGGCUGAUCGAGUUCAAGUUGUAGAGUAUCCUCCACCCCCGCCAUCACCUUCACCACCACCGCCACAAAAUUCCUCAUCCAGAUCUGAAUUACUUGCGGGCAAUUGCGUCUCCGGCCGGACGAACGCCUCGGUUCUUCAUCUUCAUCAUUAUCAACAACUUCAUCUGCAACACGAGGAUGAGCUGCCACGUGGCGUUGUCACGACAGCCGGUAAUCCAGUAGCAAGCAACGCCACGGGUCCUAUUAUUGUCCUUUCGGAAUUAGUGCCCGUCGAUCCUGAUGCCAGUGCCGUCACUGCAGAACAGCUCAGCCUGACCGCUGCCUCCCUACGUGCCGGAAGACGAAGUCGAGGCGAGGAAGAGGCCGCUGGCGUGGCCGAGGAGGGCCAACAGCAGGCUUACGGUGGACGGGAACCCGUGGACGAGGAGGAGGAGAUCGGUAACGAGGAAGGACAGCAGCAGCAGCAGCAGCAGCAGCAAUCAUUGCAAAAUCCCCAAAGCGGAAACGACGUUACGACGAACGGCGGUGGCGAGGAUCACGUCGACGUAAACAAGAGGGUUGCCGCCGUGCAGGUUCAGGUACAGGGCAUGGAGGGUGAUUGGCGUGCGUACUGCGAGCAUCCAUUGUCGGUAGCGACCGCUGCGAUGCUCAAUCUACAACAGCAACAUCAGGUCUCGGCCGUGGCCUCGCACGCCGACGAUCCUGCUGCCUCCUACGUAUACGAGUAUUACAAAUUACCGGACAAAGCUGCCGAUGUCAAAUUACCACCACCCCAUGAGCUCUGGUCCGCGGGUGUGAUGGGCCAAAAGCUACUGGUGCAGGAAGCGAGUCAAGCCUCAGGCGGUUCGAAUCGCAUGGAGAACAACGAGGCAACAGGAAACGGUGAAUUGCAUCAUUUUCUUCACCAGUACAAUCAACAAUCUCACAGCCCGGGACAAAGUCUUCAAAGUGCCAUUUCUAUGCCGUUGAGCCCGCAGUCGUUGCGUCACGAUACUUCAUCGGGAGGAAAUAAUGGGGGCGCUGGUAACACCGGCAACACCGGUGGUGCCACUGGCAUAACCGGGGUCAAGAGAGAACCCGAGGACUUGAGCUCGUCCCGCGGAGGUCAGCAGUCCAGCAAACGGCACAAACAGGCACAACCGGAUAGCCCAACGCCGCCGGGAAUGUAUCAUCAUCAGCAUCAACAUCAGUUACAGGUCCAGCAAUACGGCAGCCCUUAUGACCCUUACUCGUCAUGUAGUCCGAGGUUACAGUCUGCAGCGUACACAUCUAAUUCAGGGAACGCCGCUUCAAACCCAUCCAAUCAGGCAGCUCUCCAUCAGGAAACAACCGCUGUCUACGUCACCGGUGAUACAUUACCGCCAUUGGCCUCUUCGAGCGGCUCCUCAUUGCCAACCACAACAGCCUCCUACACGAGGUACGAAGUCGUCCCCAGUUCAUACACAACGACACACGCCAUACGCUCCUCGUCGAGCAGCAGCAAAGUACUUACCGUCGAUUUGCCAAGUCCCGACUCCGGCAUUGGAGCUGAUGCUGUCACACCCAGACAAGAUCACCAUCCACCCGCUGCACUUCAUCAGUCGUCUUUCGACUACACGGAGCUCUGUCCUGGUGGUACGAGCACGGGCACGGCAGUUGUACUCGACAAUGGUGCCGUUAUUCAUCAUCAGCCGUUGCAGCUUCAAUUGCAGCAGGGACACGCACAGGCUCAGGUACAACGCGGUGGUCUCGUGUCCGGUGGUUCAACGACGAGCAACGCGAGUCCUAAUCCGCCGAGAUCGAGACCGUGGCACGAUUUUGGACGACAGAACGACGCCGAUAAGAUACAGAUACCGAAAAUCUAUUCGGCGUACGGCUUUAAAUACCAUCUUGAAUCGCCGAUCAGUACGUCACAGAGACGCGAGGACGACAGAAUAACGUAUAUUAACAAAGGACAAUUUUAUGGUAUCACACUCGACUACGUGCCUGACCCGGACAAGCCACUCCUCAAGGCCGGUCAAACUGUCAAGAGUGUUGUAAUGCUGAUGUUCCGAGAGGAAAAGAGUCCCGAGGAUGAAAUAAAAGCGUGGCAAUUUUGGCACGGCAGGCAACAUUCCGUCAAGCAACGCAUUCUCGAUGCUGAUACGAAGAACAGCGUUGGUCUGGUCGGCUGCAUCGAGGAAGUUGCACAUAACGCGAUCGCGGUAUAUUGGAACCCUCUUGAGUCGUCGGCAAAGAUAAAUGUCGCAGUGCAAUGUCUAAGUACAGACUUUUCGAGUCAAAAGGGCGUAAAAGGCUUGCCGCUGCAUAUUCAAGUCGACACAUACGAGGAGCCGCCACCGCAUACUCAUUCUUACACACCGCCUUCACAUCGCGGUUAUUGCCAAAUCAAAGUUUUUUGCGAUAAGGGUGCUGAAAGAAAAACUCGGGACGAGGAAAGACGAGCUGCGAAGAGAAAAAUGACUGCAACCGGAAGGAAGAAGCUCGACGAGCUUUACCACUCGGUCACCGAGAGAAGUGAAUUCUACUCGAUGGCGGAUUUACACAAACCGCCCGUACUUUUUUCACCACCUGCCGAACACUCCAUCGACAAAUUCUCGACUAUGGAGCUUUCGGGUUUCUAUGGCAGCGGGGGCGGCGGUGGGGGAGGGGACACGGACACAUCGUCGCUGAGUAACGGCGAAGGAGGAGGAAUAAAAACUGGUGCGAGUAGCCCUUAUCCGGCGUGCGGAAGACCGAGUUUGCCUGCGCUCAAGUUUCACAACCACUUUCCGCCCGAUAAUAUGACUUCGCUGCACGACAAAAAGGACUCUUUACUGAUGCAAGUCCAGGAGCUUCAGGGCUCCGUUCUCCAGGGCAUGCAACAAGGCAGCCUCAGCACAACCGGCGCGAUCGUCACCGGAGUCGGCAACCGGCUUCAUAUUCAAUCCCAACAUUUACGUGGCAACGACCCCGAAGAUCGUGUGAUGCUCUACGUCAGGCAGGAGUCCGAAGACGUUUAUACGCCUCUUCACGUAACCCCACCAACCGUCCAAGGAUUGCUCAACGCUAUUGAGUCAAAGUACAAAAUUGCAUCCUCGAGUAUUAAUAACCUCUAUCGCAAAAACACAAAGGGAAUUACAGCGAAAAUUGACGACGACAUGAUUCGUUACUACGUCGACGAGGAUCUGUUUCUCCUCGAGGUGAGUCACUCGAGAACGAGUCCUGAACAGAACGUUGAUCGAAAUACAAGCAAUCCCGGUUCACCGGGCGACCCGGAUGAUCCGAACGAAAACAUGACUAUUGGCUUUGAUGUUACCUUGAUCGAACUGCCGUCCGCGCAGCCGCAAUUGCCACCAUCGCCGAUCGCAGUAACGCAUUCACAUUCCCACAGCCAUUCGCACGUUCACGGGCAUUCGCAACACGUUCACGAAGUCGCCAACACGUGAACAUCUCGACGAUUCCUCGAGCGAGCAUCGAGCUCACUGCGAUUUUCAUAUCAUUUAUUAUUUUUAUUUGUGUAAAUAGUACUUAAUCAAGUUGAAAAUAUGAGAAAGAAUGAGAGCUCGAGAUUUAUACAAGCAUUCUAAUUUCUCUCACAAUCAGAAGACUCGAGCAGGUUGCGCGUGAAAGAAAUCUUGCCGAAAGUCUCGAGCGUAUAAAUUCUGUAAGCACGACGUGGCGCUUCUAGCGGCUAAAGUUUGUACCAUUCAAAAUGGUGUCUGCAUAGAAGCACAACAUCGGAAAUUGAACCGCGUUCGACGAGCACUUAUCAAAAAUUCCCAUUUCAAGCGGAAUAUUGACGAGAAAUGAAGGGAAAUCUUGAGACUCAUCGCGGAGUUUUCAAAAUUUUUAUAUAAUGCACGAUAAAAAAAAAGUUGGAUCGUUGAAUUCUCGUUACACUUAGACGUACUUUACUUUUAGCAAACAUAAAGGUCCUUUUUCGCCUUCUGCGAACGCGCGACUCCCAGGAAAUCCCGGUUGUAGGGUGAUACUCGUAUUACCGUGAGUAAAAAUAAAUAAAUCGGUCAAAAAUCAAAAUAACUAUUGCCGAAUUCACAUUCGCCAAGGUGAUGUUGUAAAAACAGGAAAAUUAAGCUAUCGAACCGAAAACAAAAGUCGAGACGAGAAAAGAAAGAGGUAUUGUUUAAUUAUUUCCCUGGGAGCGAAGCUCAUUGAAAUGGAAAUCGUUUAGAACGAUACUCCAUCAACAUCACUUAGAUAAAUCAAUUAAAAUUGAUUUAAGCUCAUCGUUAUACAAACAUAUAGAACAUAUAAAUAUAUAUAUACAUAUAUACAUAAAUAUAAAUAGAUAUAUAUCAAAUUAUAAUCAUUACUAUGAAUGCAUAUAGGUAUUACAAAAAAACUUUCCCCGUCCCCUAAUUUUUUAAGGAAUUAAUCUGUGUUCGAGCACAUGUACGAGAGGAAAUAAAAAAGAGAGAGAGAGAGAGAGAGAGAGCAUGAGUGAGUGAAACAUUUUAAAAGAGUAGCGGAAAAGGUGUGCGUAAUUGAUAUUAUAUAUUAUAUAUGUGAAUUCUAAAAAAAAUUCCAAUCGUUCAUUUAAAAUCUUGCCUUUGAAACGAAAAAAAGCACAGUAGGUGACAACGAAUCGAGGAAAGUUCAAAAAUAGCCCGAGUUAGGCAUCCCGUUGAAAACGAGCAUUUACUAUUUUAUUCGCUUAUUUGUUUUUUGGAAGAGAUUGCCAUAAUUGAAAAUAUUUCACGGAGACAUAAAACUACGAAGUUUUUCCUCAUUUUUAAAAUGUGCUUUAAUCCAUUGAAAUGGAAUAAUACAAAAGAAUGGGAGAAUUUGUAACGGGAAGAUUGGAAUCGUUAGUCAUCAACGGUUCUGUCUCUGCGGUUUGUUUGAAAAGAAAAAUCUUUGCGGAAUAUAUGUCCGAGAUGAUUGUGUAGUGAUGUCGGUUCAUCGAGGACAAUACUAUAAAUGCAACUGUUCAUAGAAUUGUAUUAGUAAAGAAUGAAAGAAAAAAAGGAAGAACCCAGCAGUGAAAUCACUGGGUCAAUUAGAUUUUUAAGAAAUAAAAGAAAAAAUGUCGUACCGAUAUCAAAGCAACGAUCAAAAUACGCUUGUAAAAUGCAUAUUAUUAUUGAUUAUACUAUAUUUUGUUACAUUUAUUGCAAACAGCAUAUAGAUAUUAUAAUAUUAUUUGAUUCUAUUGAUUAGAGCCUACGUAAUACGUCUAUUGUUAUUUUUAUACACAUGCGGACGAAAGAGAGGAUUGAAAGAUUAACAAAACACACGAAAGACAGUGCGAAAGUAUAAAAAAUAUGAUGUGAACGAGUGAAAGCGAGAAAGAGAGAGUGAAAUUCAUAUUUGGAGCCUUGUUGUUUUGUUCGCAGGCUUGAAACAUGUCAUUCGUCAAUUGAAUCUGUCCCAAUUAUCCAAAUAAUUGAAAAAAAAAAAAAAAAAAAAACAAAUCAUUUCUAUGUGUACUUAUCAAAAACAAAAGAAUACGCUUGCUAAUUUGCCAAACGUUGAAACAGCCGGUGACGGAGUUCAAAUUUAGGAAAAAGACUGCAGCAGUACACGCUCACUGGUCAUAAAUCCGGCCAAUGAGAUUAUGUCUGUGAAGAAUAAAGAUUCUGGAGAUGAAAAUUUCAUAUUUUCUGACCUAAAACAAUUUUUAAUUUUUAAUUCGAAACAACUGUCACGUGAACUUUGGACCAAAAACUUCAUCGCUUUUUGGCACUGUAACGUGGCAAAUCGGCGAGCCUUUGAUUUCCUCUCAACCGUUGAUCCAACGCGUGGUACGAUCUAAGAUGGAAACGCGAUGGAUAUUGAAACAAAUAAAACGCGAAAUUCCCGGCGUAGACUUAGACGAUAUUUAGGUCGUUUUUUUUUAACCAUGACCUCCUCCUGUUGCAGAGACAUUUAUAUAUUUGUUUUAUCUAAUUACCAUCGCGAACUAUAUUGGACGGCGAGCGUUUGCGUUUUUUUUUAUUCAGUAUGAUAUGAGUUGAUGAGGGGGGAAAACCCAAAAAAAAAAUAAGUGUUUCGAAUGAUGUUUUUCUGUUUCUUUUUGUCGCGACGUCUUGCCAUCGUGAGAUUGUACCAGAGGUGAUAUUAUAUGAUUACGAUGUUUAUUACUACAAUAAAUAUUAUAUUAGUACGUUUUAUAAA